AUGCUGUUCCCAGGCCAGGGUGGGAUCUCUGUACCUGAGACUCAGUGUGUCAGAUCAGUCACUCAUCACAGUGUUGAGCUGUCCUGGGGCUCUAAGGGGAGAAAGUUUUGCUCUGAUCCUCCACACAUCUGGACAUUCUUCGCUCUAGAGGAGGAAGAUUCCAGAAAGCAUGGCUACAACACCAUUCAUCCUAUUAAUGGGAAGAACCUGCAUACAGCUGUGAUGAUGAAUGAUGAAAAAGAGUUAACUGGGUCUGGUCUGAUGCUGGCCUGCUUCUUUGGGUGUUUGAAAGUGAAGUGCCUGCGGCAGUGUGGGUCCUGAUGGAGCUCCAGACACUGGCCUGGCUGCAUUACCCGUCACUGGGUCACAGACGGAGGGCAUGUGCCUGUCAUUCAACACUCGAUCCAAGAUGGUUGUGAGGUGGAGGUAACGGACGGUAUCAUACACUGGACGCCUCUUAUGAGAGUGUCCGCUCUCACAGGGAACCGUCACCUCCCUGCUCAUCAUUGCUGGAGUGGACGCCAACACAUGGGACAGAGACGGAAAGACACAGCGUAA